UUUCAUAACCCACUUCAAAAGCUUAUUUUCUACUGUGUUUUUGGAAUGUUUGUUUGCUGUUUUAGUUUAUUUUUAAUUAAAAAAAAGUCAUAGACGGGGUGAAUAACUUGUAUAAUGUUGUCGUAGUUGGAUAAGCUGGAGUUAAUUUAAGUGGAUUGUUUAAAAUUAAUGGAGUUGAAGGUCUGGGUCGAAGGAAUACAAAGGAUUGUUUGUGGAGUGACGGAGACUACUACAUGCCAAGAUGUAGUCUUUGCUUUAGCUCAUGCCACUGGCAAAGUGGGCCGAUUUACGUUAAUAGAGAGAUGGAGGAAUAAUGAACGACUUUUAGCACCUCAGGAAUAUCCCCUAAAGAUUCUUAUGAAAUGGGGGGAGUAUUCCAAUGACAUACAAUUUAUAUUAAGAAGAUCAGAUUCAAGCAGUAACCAAAAACCAUCACAACCUUUAAAUAAUUCUAGGUCACCAAUUGGAAAUGGGAGUCAUAAUUCAAAUCCUAAUGACAAUCAAAACUCACCAAAUAGAACAAAUACAACUCCUACAUUUAAUAACAAUGUGAAUAACACAUCCCCGGGGAACCCUGUAGGUGUGGUGAAGGGGGUGCAACAGGCCAAACCACCCGAGUCCAAUAGUCCUGUCUUAAAAGAUGUUCCACCUUACAGAGAUCCACCGCCUCCGUACCGUUCGCCACCACCGCCACAGACAAGAAAGUCGCCAAGUCGACGGGGACCUACACACAUGUCACCAGUGAACCUACCAGAAGAUGGUCCGGAUUCACGGAGCACGGAGGCCGUUACAUAUAAUAGCCAGUAUAGAGAACUAGUCUCACUUGUAAAUUAUCAAAGGGAGAAAUUGUCCAGUCAGCAAGUUGAUCUUAUUAAGUAUGAUGCAGAAAUUGGUUACUGGGAGAAUAAAGGUCGGGAACAAGAGAGGCAGGUGGAAUUACUGCAACAACAGAUCAGCACAGCCGACAAUCAAUUGAGGAUAAGUACUGAACAGGUGCAAGCAUUAAAUUAUGUUGAAGAGGAGAGUGAGAUAGUUAAACAGAAUGAGAAGACGAUCAAAUCCGAGAUUGUAUUAGUGCGCUCCAAGUUGGCAAACUGUGAGACGGAACUACUGCAGUGCAAGAACAAGAUACGGAAACUAAUGGAAGAGAUUCACAAUGAACAAAGGAUUAUUAACUCUAGACAACAAGAAAAUAGGCAGGCAUUAGAACGCUCUAUGUUAGCUGAGAUGGAAAAUUUACAAACUCAGAUACAGCAAGCGAAACAUGCCACAGAAAUAAACCAUCUUACCGCUGAAAAUCUAAAGAGAGAGGUGGGAGUUUUAGAAAAUGCCAUAAUGGAGAAAAAACGUCAAGUGGAGCGUUUGGUGCAAGAAAUGAAAGAAGCCAACCUUCAGAGUCUGACUGGCAGUGUGGACGAGCUGAGGCAUCCCUUAGACGGUUUAUGUAAAGCUGGCAGUGCUCGUAGGAUAAUAGGAUCUCCGAGACAGUUGGAAAAUGCAGCCCCAACCAACAAGAAUCCUCACGGAGUUUGGGUCUGAAAUGAACAAAAAUGUAUGUAUUUUAAAUACAUUUAAUUAAAUACGAUCUGAUAUUCAGACUGCGAUUAAAUACUAAUUGA